AUCCGUUAGCAAGCACCCUGUGCGGCACACUGCGAGAAUGGUGUCAAACGAGUAUCUCACCCAUGGGGACAAGGAUGAGUUCGACCCCGCAAAAUGGUCUUCCACCCCAGGCGAGCUGCCUCCACGAUCCCCCGCCACGCACCUCAACGUGUUGAUUGUCGGGGCUGGGCCCGCGGGACUGAUCACGGCGCUUGAAUGCUGGAGGAAGGGACACAAUGUGGUCGGGAUCUUGGAGCGAAGCCAAGGACCUGUCUAUACUGGAGACAUCAUCGUCAUUGGUCCCUCCGCCAUCUGCACGCUGCGCCACUGGCCCGAAAUCUGCCGCGAGCUCGACCAAGACCGCUCGGACAGCGUGAUGUAUUACCGCCGGCACAACGGCGAGCUGAUCCUGGGCCCCACCACGCUGGGCUACAACAGCCCGGAGCACCUCGCCCAGCGCCAGGGCCUGCCCUACGUGGCCCCCCACCAAAUCCGCCGCCAGUUCUACCGCAUGCUGCUCCGCCAGGUCGCGCGCAUCGGCCUGCAAGUCGACUACGGCCAGCGAGUGGAACGGUACUUCGAAGACGAGGCCGCCGGGGUCGGGGGCGUGGUCACAGCGGACGGCCGCGUGCGGGUGGCGCACCUGGUCGUCGCCGCGGAUGCCUUCAAGACGCGCUCCGAUCUUCUGAUCGCCGGCGAGCACGCGCCCACGCGCUCCAGUGGCAUGUCGGUGUACCGCGCGGCGCUGCCCACGGCGCUGGCCCUGCGGGAUCCCGCCUUCCAGGCCCGCUGGGGCGAGGUGGUGGCGCGCGGGGAAUCCCACCACGAGUUCUGGAUCGGGCCCGGCAUGCACCUAGGGCUGUUCAUCUCGCCGGACUUUGUGGCCUACGGGCUGACCCCGCGCGACAAGUUCCUGCAGCCCGGCGGAAACGAGCCUAUCGAGUCCUGGGAUCCCGACGUCGACCCGCAGGAGGUGCUGGACGUCCUGCACCGCAUCCCGGAGUGGGAUCCGGCCAUCGAGGGCCUGAUCCGCCACACGCCCCCGCGGGCCACGGUGCACUGGCCGCUCCUGUGGCGGAAUCUCCGGCGCGAGUGGACGUCCAAGGCCGGGCGCGUGGUGCAGGUCGGCGACGCCGCGCAUACCACCGUGCCCGCGUCGAUCAGCGGGGGCACCCUGGCCAUCGAGGACGCCGUCACGCUGGCGGCGUGCUUGCAGCUCGCGUGCGCCGGGGGUGCGCCGGGCGGUGCGCCGCUGGGCGCGCGCAUCUACAACCUCCUGCGUUACCAGCGGGUGAGCUGCGUGCAGAAGAUGUCGUUUGUCAACUCCGAGAACCUGGGGGCCGCCGAUAUGAAUGAGGUUCUGAAGAAAGACCCCGAGAAGGUCAAGGUCCGGUUCCCCAAGUGGCUGUUCCAGCAUGAUCCCGAGGCGUAUGUCUACGAGAAGUACGGCCAGGCGUACGCGCAUCUGGUGCUCGGGGCGGACUUUCAGAACACGAACUUCCCCCCCGGCCAUGAGUUCAAGAUGUGGACGAUUGAAGAGAUCCAUGCGGAUAUCCUGGCGGGGAAGAAGGUGGCGGACCUUUUGGAUGGCGAUUGGGAUUAGCCGGGCACCGCGCCGAGGUGGCAGUGUCUCCUGGUGCUGUUGCGCCGUAACAAGACACUUAAUUCAAUGGUUAUCUUAUUACUCCCCACGCAUCGUCAGGUUGAAGAAAGUCAGAUGUUAUACCUACCACAGGCCUUCGUCUCUUUGUAUCCGGAUCUCUCAACUGAUCCGAUGAGGGAUCGAAGCAGCUUUGCCUUCACACUUGAAACCAAAUAGAAAUGAUUCUCCCAUUCAUCUACGAUACAAGCCUCUUAGGAUACAGUUCUCGAAGCCUAGAUUAUCAUCACAACAGUCACUACAUACAAAUAGCUUGUGACUUAGAAAGAUACAUAAUAGUACUGAUUACGCAUCCAAACACUAUGAUUGCUCCUGAAAC